CAAGAUUUUUUUGCGUCCUCUUAACCUUUCAGAGCAGUUCCAAUGAUACUCAACAGACCUUCAAUCCUCACUACCAAAACGACGCCGUAUUCAUCCACAAGACGGCCGGCGACGGCUGAUAAAAGAAGCCGGAGAACGGUGGCAGCCAUGUCGGCUCUUGAAGCAAGGAUCUCUCUUGUCUUCGCCAUAGCUACUCAGACAUCGUCCCGCGCCCAGCGCUUGCUGAUGGAAUUGGCGAGCGAGACGGCGAAAUACGCGUUUCCGAAUAGGAAGUUCGAGAGCAGGAAUCUCGAGGAAGCAUUGAUGUCUGUUCCUGAUCUGGAGACUGUGGAGUUCAAGGUUCUUCGCAGGAACGACGACUACGAGAUAAGAGAAGUUGAGUCUUACUAUAUUGCGGAGACGACAAUGCCUGGAAAGUAUGGAUUCGAUUUUACUGGUGCAUCUCAAUCUUUCAACGUUUUGGCCGAGUACUUGUUCGGUAAGAACACCAAACAAAAGCAAAUGGAGAUGACGACGCCCGUCUUCACUCGAAGAACACAGCCGGAUGGGGAGAAGAUGGAUAUGACGACUCCUGUAAUAACUACAAAGGAUGAAGAUCUCGGAAAUUGGAAAAUGUCGUUUGUCAUGCCUUCAAAAUACGGCGCCAACUUGCCGUUACCUAAGGAAUCAUCCGUGACCAUCAAAGAGGUUCCCAAACGCGUCGUUGCAGUAGUUGCAUUUGCAGGAUUCGUUACCGAUCAAGAAGUCGAACGGCGCGAAACCGUGCUAAGAAAUUCACUGAAAAAUGAUCCAGAAUUUUGCAUCAAAGAAGGAGCCUCUGUAGAAGUAGCGCAGUACAAUCCACCUUUCACGCUUCCAUUCAACCGUCGCAACGAGAUCGCUCUCGAAGUAGAAAGGAAGCAAGCAUAAAUGCGAGAGUUGUUAUGGUUUUCUCCCUUGUGAAGGCAUUGUAUAGAUAGAUACAUCUAGAGAUAUUCAUAUGGUGUAUCAUAAGCUUUUGACUGUUCAUGUCAAUACAGUAUUUUAAAUUUUUUAA